AUCAACCCAGCAACGUUGUCAGACAGCGGCUGCUCGUUCACGGAAGCUCCCGCUCUCGUGCUGUCCUGAACGUCUCCUGCAAUUUGAAGGGCACGACUGAGCCGUGCUGCAGCCCGUGUCUUUUUAAACGCAGGAAGAAGCAAAACGUGUGUGUUUUCUAAGCGACGUAGCCCCUCUGGCGUAAACCUGCCGUCAUCAUCGUUUCAAACCCACCUGCACCUCCUCUCUGCCAUCUCUCCGCUGAGGAAGGAAGGAAGGAAUGAAGGGAGGACGGCGCUGAGAUGCCGAUGUUUUCUUCUUGGAGGCGACAGGAAGAAAGUUCACUGUGUUUUUGUGUAACAAGGAGUGAGUCUUAAAGAUCCCCAUCUUAUAGUUGGGCUUUGGGCUGAGCGACCUCUGCAUCUCCUGCACGGUUUCCUCAACAUAGCCGUCACAAUCCUUUACACAGAAGAACCCAAACAGUGGUUCCUAAUGCAGCAUGCUGCAGGUGCUCUGAGCUGAUAUGAACUGACUGAGCAUCUCAGUUGUUACUGGAGGAUCAACAGGCAGCUUAGGCAGAGCUAGACACGAUGAUAAAUUGUGUUUGCCAAAUUCUCAACCAAAUGAGAAAUCACAGAAAUGGACCGAGAUAAACCAAGCCAAAGUCAGACACAAGAGGACAAUGCAAACAGCGGACCAGAGGCUGUAACAACAGCCUCAGCUCUAGACUCAAACACAACGACUCCAACUACUGGUCCCAUGACUGGGCAACCUGCAGCUCCUCACAGGCCUCGACGGCCCCAAAGAAGUGCCAGAGUUGAAGGCUCCGUAGAUGUCUCAGAACCCAAAACUGAACCCAAUCCAUUAACAAACCAGAAUGAGAGCACCCAUGAUGGCACUGUAGCAAGUCACCUAAAAUCCUCUAGCCCUGCAGUAACCAAACCCAUGGGAGAGCACUCUGGGCCCAGCAUUAAGGCACGUCCUAAAGGUCCAGGUCACCACCCUGUUAGGGCUGCUUCAGUCCCCCAACCACCCGCCAGCAGGCCGGUGCCUCCUCACCUGGCCCCUCACUCACACAGAGCCCUCUCUGUGGCUGGCACUGCUGACACUCAGGCUCAGACUGUGGAAGACUUCAGGGUACACAUCAUCACCUGGAACGUGGGCUCAGCCACGCCACCUGAUGACAUCACUUCUCUCCUGGGUCUGAACGUGGGUGAUGGAAACACAGACAUGUACAUCAUCGGGCUGCAGGAAGUGAAUUCUAUGAUUAACAAAAGAUUGAAAGAUGUCCUCUUCACAGACCAGUGGAGUGAGGCUUGCAUGGAGAGACUUAGCCCCUUUGGUUAUGUGCUGGUGACAUCCCAGAGGAUGCAGGGACUGUUGCUGCUGAUCUUUGCUAAAUAUUUCCAUCUGCCCUUUCUCCGUGGAGUCCAGACUGAAACCACACGCACAGGCCUGGGGGGUUAUUGGGGGAAUAAAGGUGGUGUGAGUGCCCGCAUGUCAGUGUUUGGUCACAGCAUCUGCUUCCUCAACUGCCACCUGCCGGCUCACAUGGAGAACUCUGAGCAGCGUAUGGAGGACUUUGAGAGCAUCCUGCAGCAGCAGCAGUUUGAGGGCCAGGCUGCCACAGGGGUUCUUGACCAUGAUCUGGUCUUCUGGUUUGGAGAUCUCAAUUUCCGCAUUGACAACCUGGAUAUGCAAGUAGUGAAAUCAGCCAUUGAUAACAACAAGUUUCCCAUGUUGUGGGAAAAGGAUCAGCUGAAUAUGGCCAAAGACAGCGAGACUGUACUGGAGGGAUUCCAAGAAGGACCACUGAAAUUCCCUCCCACCUACAAGUUUGAUGUUGGAACAAAUACUUAUGACACAAGUGGGAAGAAACGUAAACCAGCUUGGACUGACCGAAUCCUCUGGCGUCUAAGAGCCACAGCACCUGCCGCUCCAAGCGUGGGGAAGCGUGGCUCCAUUUCAGGGCUGACCAGUGGGACCAAAGUGACACAGCAUUAUUACCGAAGUCACAUGGAAUACACCGUCAGUGACCACAAACCAGUCUCCUCCAUCUUUACCCUGCAGUUCCCAUACAAGGUGGACAUUCCUCUGGUCACACUCAUUGUGGAGGAUGAGUGGACUAGUGUUACUGAUGCUACAGCAAAAUUCAAACUGGCACCCAACUAUUCUCGCAGUUCUUGGGACUGGAUUGGACUGUACAGGGUGGGUUUCAAGCACCACAAAGAUUAUGUGGGAUAUGUGUGGGCCAAACAGGAGGAUGCUGAUUUUCUUCGCCAGGAACAUGAGGUAAUCUUUACAGAGGAGGAGUUGCCCAAAGGCUCAGGGGACUUUAUCAUGGGUUACUAUAGCAACAAUAUGAGCACCAUUGUGGGUGUAACAGAGCCAUUUCAGAUCCAGCUUCCCACUUCAGACCAUGAUAGCAGUUCUUCAGACAGCUCAGACUUCAGCUCAGAAGAUGACAGCACUGUUGUCAUGAAGAUGAGGUCCCGCAGUCCUAGUCCACAUAAGAGAAAACACCGUCGCCAUCGCAGCGGCAGCCACAGUCGCAGUCACUCUGGCAGCCGCUCAGGCAGCCCGGCGCAGGCAAAAAUAAAGGAGCUCAACAUUACUGAUAGCAGCAAGAAAGAAAACGAGUCUGGAUGUCCAGAAGAGGGCAGCAGCAGUCAGCAGUGUGCUUCUGGUGUCUUGGGCAAAAACACAAUAGAUUCAGGAGUGUGAUGCACCACAUAUCCUGCUGUUGUUACCGGCCAACUGUCGUGUCUUUUUUUUUCCCUUACAUCCACUACACUGUAUAUUUUCUGUUGUGAAAAUGUACGGCUUUUUGAUGCCAUCCUUUUCAGGAAUAGUCAUCUGGUUGGACCAGAUAGUUUACUUGGCCUUGAGUUGUUGUAUUAAGCUGUGCACUUUGUAUGUUUUUAAUUUUGAUACCUUUCACUCUGUCUGGUGUUUCCCCUACCUUUGUCCGUUCUCAGGUGUGGACAGUACAGGGCGUUAACACAUUGUAUUAGGAAUUACUCAAGGAUCCAUGCUUAUCUAGACUAAAAGAGUGGGUACUGAAUGCUCUUUAGUGAACAUCUUCCUUAUUUUCAGACAGUGAUUUAAAUCUCUGCACACUGAUGCACCAAACAGUCAGAUCGGAAGACUACAAAUUAGCAAAAUGGAUCAUGAUUUACUACAUCCUUGCUCACAAAUUUACUGUUUGCUUUAAUUGUUAAAUUUGUAUCUGUAAUAACACUUACCAGCUCAUUUUUACCAACAAUCACUCCCAUUAUUAGUUUUUGCAAAUGGAAACAGCCAUGCAUUUCGACUUAGUAUUAUAGUAUUUUUCUAGCUUUGUGGAUGUUCUCUGGUUUGGCAUUAUAGCUAACAUGACAAAAUCAUACAUGAUAUGCAAAGAUUAUUUCAAAUGAUCCCCUCAAAAGCAUUAACAUUUCUUUCAUGGGUGCAUAAAUACAGAGCAGAACCAAAGUAGGUAGAGACCAGGAUUUAUGGGCUCAGACACUUCCUGGAACAGCACAACACAUGUUAGUGUGAUGAGUAAAUAUGAGUGUAAAGAUCUUUAAAUAGACCGCCACAUGAGUGCCAUAGGAUGUGUCAGUUGUGAGAGGCGAUGUCAGGUGAUACACCACAGCUGUUGUGCCAGAACUAGUAGUACAGUGACAACUGCAGCAAUACCUGACCUAAUGUGACUUACUUUUACACACACACCAUGGUUUCAAUUGGAGUCUCGCAAGAUACUUAUUUCAUGUAGAUUUUUAGACAGACUUUACCCACACAACACAAAAGUAUAACUUUUUUCAUUGUACUUUUGAGUAAAACUAAAACAAGAUAUUCUUUAAUCUGGAUAUUAUACGAAAGUGAGCAAGAAUUCUACUGUGUAGAGCUACUAUGGGGUUUUGUAUCAUUUCAUUAUAGAAAGCUGACAUGCUCCACUGCUGUGUAACACCACAAUACUAAUUCGAUACAGUAAGUAAAUGCAAUGAUAUUACUGGAUACUUUAUUUUUAAUAACUGUUCAAUUCUUUUGUCCUCUUUUCAGUUCAUUAUGUUUAAAUUUUCUGUCUUGAUCAUAUUCUCCCCAAACGAUCCGGGUUAGUAGUUGACAGUAAUAGUAGUCACAGACGUGGUAAUCCAUUGUUACUGUGUGAUCUCUAAUGCACCAUGUUACAGUUUGUACUUUUGGGCUGUUAGCAUAGGACAGUGUUGUGGCUGUAACCUCAGUGUCUAUGUCUGUAAUUAUCUGUCUGUGUAUGUGUGUUCUGGAAGUGUGCACGGGUAUGUUUUGGAGGAUGGAGGUGUGUGUGUGGGUGAAUACCUGCGGCAGUGAAUGGAGUGUGGAUGUGUUUGCAUGGAUUGCCGCUGGACAUACUGUACAUUCCAGUAGUGUGUUUUUUGUGCCGUAAAGUGCUGUUUUUGAAUCCUCUUUGUCAUAAUUGUGGCUGUGCAUUUUGGUAGAAAAACAUAAGGGCAGUAUAACAUUUUACUGUCAGUGUAAACGUUAGCUGAAGAAGUUGAAGAAAUGCAAGGUAGUUAUACUUGUAUUAAUCUGAAAUUUUGAAAUCUUCGUAUUACAUUAAUGUUGUUUCUUGAUUUUGAAAUGAAAAAAACUACUUGACCUUUGUUUAAAUUAACAUGUUUGAGAAAAGAUUGUCCCUUGAGAUAAAUUAGAAUAGUAUGUUCAGUACUGCAGUCAUGACCAGUGACUAUCUAUUGUGAAAUGUAUGCUGAAUGUUACAAUUUUGUAAUUGUGUGGCCAAAAUAUAAGGAAAACUAUGUAAAGAACAAAUAUGAAGUAUGGUUAAAAAGAAAUAUAUAUAUAGGAGACAAUCUAUGCCACAAAAUUAUCUUCUUUAAAUUAUGUAUUUAUUUUCUUAUUUAACUUUUAAAUGAGUCUAACUUCUGCUGGCCAGUGACAAAGCUUUAUUUAAGUGGGAAUGUGAAAAUGAUAUUAGCAAAUAUUGAGAAUUGUUUUCUUUUUCUUGUAGGAACUAUAAAAAGAGAUGGUCAUUUCUCUUGUUUCCACCUCAGUAAAUUCAGAUAAGAUGUUGCUUUUAUUGUCAGAAGUCUAGAUUGUUUUGUCUACAGGUGUUUGUAUUAUUGUGAUUGAAAUGACAAAAAAUACAGCAACCCUGUGAGAUAUAUCUUGUUGGCUUACCAGGAUGGUUAAUCUCUGUGAAAUCAGAAAUCAAAUCAGAGCAUUAAGAAGGUUGUUCAUGGGUUGCUCGAUGUGUUCUUCAACUUAAAAACUAAACUGUCCAAAGAAAUAUAUACUCUUCAAAUUG